AGCAUUCUAUUUACUUGAUUCUACCUCUACCAAAGAUUUUGCCUCUACCUGCACUUUUGUAAUCUGUUGCAGUGUCAGUAUAUUAGCCUGAGUCAGACACUAUUCUUUGGUAGGAGUAUACUAUACUGUUCAAGGCAAGUAGUUCAUUCGAUGUUUUUGAUUUCAAAUUUCGAAUUUCCGACAAUCCAGGCUUGUUUCGAAAUUUUCUGAUGAUUUAAGGUAAUUAAUUUAGAAAGUGUUCAGCUAAUGGGGUCGUUAUAAAUAAUCCUAAGUAAAUAAUGACCGAUGCCAUUGUCAAGGAUUCCUUAUUUGGGAAAGACCAGCGGUCAUCGUAGUGUAGAGUUGAAGAAUCAGUCAUUUGGAUUCUGGAUUUCCCCGUUUAUUGCAGUUCAUUAUUUUCACAAAGAAUUGGAUUGUUAUAUCCUAUAAGAAUAUUUGAGCAAAAAGCUUCAGUAUGACUAUGAAGACAACCCCAUUCUUCCUUUUGGUCUUCCAUUUCUUGUUGGCACACGGAAAAGUAAACAAAUGCGGUGAAUCCAAGCUCCGAGAGUGUUUUUGCGGCAACCAAUUCAAGGACGAGGAAGGACGAGCGGUAUUCGUAGUGAAUUGCUCGAAUUUGGGAUUCACCAACGUCGACAUGCUGGAACAUCUGCCGGAAGAAACAGAGUGGCUCAUCUUCACUGGGAACCACGUGAGCACCUUGCCCGUCAAUGUUCUCGGGGAGAACAAGAAUUUGACAAAGCUCAGAGAUCAGUAUGCAAACAUCAUACGACGAACCAUUAAAAAAACUGGUACCCCAUACACAGUACAUGAAUUAUGCCAUGAGUACAUCAAAAGAAUGGCAGCUGAUUUAUAUGUGAACAUACCAAAAAAUUGUAAAUUGUCCGAUAUAAGAGUUCUCAAAUUGGACCAAGAAAAUCGAAGUUUUGCAUCUAAUAAGACUUUAUACGACCAGCAAGGGUUUGCUAAAGCUUUGAUCUCGAAUACUAGAAGAAAACUAGACAUCUUGAAUAUGAAUCUCAAGGCCGCCAAUUUGAAAAAACCCGGAAUUACAAAAGCGAAGAAAAAUGGAGUGAUCGACAUGACCAAUAACGGCAUCAGAGACAUAAAAGGCAAAGCUUUUCACCACGUACCCAGCGUGACUCGUCUCAUUCUCGACCACAACAACAUCUCCAUUGCCGAUCAGUACGACAAAAACUACCACCAUCCGAGGAUGUUCUCGAAUUUCGUGAAUUUGGAAGAGCUGCACCUGACCAACGCUUUCGCUGACAACACCGAUGCCGCUUUGGCUGACGAUCUGCACGAUAUCUUCGUCAAUAGCAACCUCACCAAGCUGUAUAAGCUGCAUCUGGAACAGAACGAGAUCAGGAAUUUCAGGGACGACAGGGUGUUCUGCGAUUUGCCCGAUAUCCACGAUUUGUACUUGGGAGAUAACAACAUCCCCAGUCUGAACUUCAACAUAACCUGCCUGCCAAAGCUGCGCUUUUUGGACCUGGAGCAGAACAACAUCACAAGGUUUUCGCAGCGUGACCUUGACAAUUUCGACAAACUGGCCCAACCUCACCGCGUCAACAACCUCAUGAUUGAAAUCAACGGAAACCCCUUCAGGUGUGACACCGCCAUAAAAAACUUGUACACCUGGUUGCACAAAACUAACGUGACAGUGAGAAACGUCGAUAAACUCGAAUGCCAUCAGGCCAAGUACGGCACCAAAAUCAUAUUGAAUCUGAAGGUUCUGGUGGAAACCACCCACGCCAAGAUAUCCCAAGCGCUGAUGAUUGUGCUCGUGAUUUUGGUGUUCAUUUUGUUGACUCUCAUGGGAGCUUACGUUUACUUGAAGAAGGAGAGCGUCAAGAAACAGUGGAGGCCGAUCUUGGAGGCGGUUUCUAAGAAAGUACAGUAUAACAGGAUAGAGACGCAAGAUGUUUGAGAGAUAGUGGCAAGAAAGAGGAUUGACGACAAUAGGUAUAUUAUGUCAGUGAUUGUUUAUGUUCCUCAUCCUUCAAGUGAACUGUAAUCAUAUUCAUGUUUUCUCGUGAUGUAUUGCUCUACAAGAGCAGACUUCUAUAACAUAUAUACAGGGUUGGGAAUAUGUGUGGAAACACCUUAUAAUAUCUCGAAAACGACAAUGGGCUUAUAUCACAAAAAAAAUUUAUUUCAUAAUUCGAUAGAACUCACCCAAACUAGCUCACCACCGCAAACCGUUUCUUGCUGUGAGCUCCCUACGUUUUAUAAAAAAAAUUUGAAAUCCCCGAUUCUUCGGACCUCUGAAAACGAGGCGAUGAUGUGACGUCAAAACCCUAAUACUGAAACAAGAUCAUUCCAGACAGAGAUGAAUGACACAUGAUUUCUGACAGAGUGAAUGAGCGCGAGAUCACAGUUGAAAGAAUUAAUAUAUCAGUUGCC